UGGACUGUGCCCCCCCGGCCGUGUGGCACCGGACUUUGUCCCAGUUGUCACAGUGGAGGGGCUGGGCACGCCCCGGGGUUUCCCCGACGUCACAAGCACAGCGUGGUCACAGCAGCCGCUGGGGCGACACCGGGCACCCCAAAACUGCCCAUCCUCCGCCGCCGGAACCCCCCGGACCGCUUUCACCGACUGCACCGGGCCAGCCCCACCAUGGCCUCCAGCGAGCCCACGCCAGAGCAGCCCAAGGCAGAGGAGCAGCAGAGCAUCGGGACACGCGUGGCCAAGCUGCCCCUGGUGAGCUCUGCCUGCGACAUGGUGUCCUCCGCCUACGCCUGCACCAAGGAGAGCCACCCCUACGUGCGCUCCGUCUGCGAUGCGGCCGAGAAGGGCGUGAAAACGCUGACAGCAGCAGCAGCCAGCGGGGCCCAGCCCCUCCUCACCCGCCUGGAGCCCCAGAUUUCCACCGCCAAUGAACUGGCCUGCAAAGGGCUGGACAAGCUGGAGGAGAAGCUGCCCAUCCUGCAGCAGCCCCCCCAGAAGAUCAUCUCGGACACCAAACUGCUGGUGACCUCCACGGUGACAGGGGCCAGGGAUGUGCUGACCAGCACUGUGGCCGGGGCCAAGGAUGCCGUGUCCAGCACCGUGGCCGGAGCCAAAGAUGCAGUGUCCAGCACUGUGGCUGGGGCUAAAGAUGCAGUGUCCAGCACUGUGGCCGGAGCCAAGGAUGUAAUGUCCAGCACCAUGGCCGGGGCCAAGGAUGCAGUGUCCAGCAGGGUGGCAGGGGCCAAAGAUGCAGUGUCCAGCAGGGUGGCCGGAGCCAAGGAUGCAGUGUCCAGCACCGUGGCCGGAGCCAAGGAUGCAGUGUCCAGCGCCAAGGAUGCAGUGUCCAGCACAGUGGCCGGAGCCAGGGAUGCAGUGUCCAGCGCCAAGGAUGCAGUGUCCAGCACAGUGGCCGGAGCCAGGGAUGCAGUGUCCAGCACUGUGGCUGGGGCCAAGGAUGCAGUGUCCAGCCGAGUGACCGGUGUGAUGGACAUGACCAAAGGGGCAGUGCAGGGUGGUGUGGAGCUGACCAGGUCUGCGGUCAGCAGCGGCGUUAGCACCGUGGGCCAGAUGGUGGCCAGCGGGGUGGGCUCCGUGCUGGGCAAGUCCGAGGAGCUGGUGGAUCAUUACCUGCCCAUGACGGAUGAGGAACUGGCCAAGCUGGCCACGGCCGUGGAGGGCUUCGAGCCGGAGCAGCAGAGGCAGCAGCAGAGCUACUUCGUUCGCCUGGGCUCCCUCUCCACCAAGGUGCAGCAGCGAGCGCUCCAGCACUCCCUGGCCAAACUGCAGAGUGCCCGCCAGAGCAGCCAGGACCUGCUGGCCCAGCUCCAGCGCACCCUCGACCUGGUGGAGCAGCUGAGGCAGGGCGUGGAUCAGAGGCUGCAGGGCGGGCAGGAGAAGUUGCAGCAGCUGUGGCUGGAGUGGAGCAAGAAGCAGCCGGGCGGUGGCAAGGACCAGGUGCCACCGGAGGCGGUGGAGUCGGGCACGCUGAGAAUGCUGCAGGGCUUGAGCCAGCAGCUGCAGAGCUCCUGCCAGCCCCUGGUGUCCAGCCUGCAGGGCCUCCCCGCCACCGUGCAGGACACGGCGGGGCAGGUCCGGCACAACGUGGAGGAGCUGCGGGCGGCGCUGGCCUCGGUCACCUCCCUGCAGGACGUGACCGGGCCGGUGCUGGCCCGGGCCCGCAGCCACGCCGCCAAAGCCCGGCAGCUGAUGGACGAGCUGGUGGAACAUGUGGCCUUCAACACCCCCCUGACGUGGCUGGUGGGACCCUUCGCCCCCUCGGGCAAGCGCCCGGUGGAGAUGGAGUAGCAGUUCUGGGCUGUUUCCCCCGUCCCCUCUGCCAAAAAAGCCUUUGCUAAACCCCCCCUACCCCUCGCCUUGUGCCUGCCUCUGUGGGGACCCUGCUGCCUGCCCCAGCUCUGUCCCUCGUCCCCCCUUGCUGGGGACCUGCAGUUUUGUGCCUUGGCUGCCCCAAGUGCCUGUUGGGGUCCCCCAUGUCCUCAGUGCCUUCAAACCCCCACCCUUGUAAGGCCAAAACAGCACAAGAAAUAAACUCUGGUUAGUUUUGCA